GAAGACACGACGCAGCGUGUUCUCCAGUUCUGAUGCAAUUGCCACUUACGUAACCCCCGCCGACACUGUCAAUCGUGGACAUUUGGCAGAUUGUCCUUCCCCUACAUUGCGGUCAAUCGGCGGGUGGAGGCUUGCUGACUUACAUAUCUGUGCAUUGAAACUAGCCCAAUAUGGAUCCUUUCGGCUCUACCGAAGCAGGGCACUCUCCGCCGAAUGAGCCCGUAGACGCCACCAUUAACAUCCAGGAAGUUGGCAGCGACGACUCUGCCGGAGUAGAUGCGCCUAGGCGCCACGGCGGGGAAAGCGAUGGGUCUGACGACGGUGCUAGGGAGACGGCAGGAGAACCUGGAGACGACGUCGAGGAGGAAGAGGAGGAAGUGGAGGAGAACGUAGAGACGGCAACGUCCAUCCUCGGUUCCAUUGUCGAUUCCGCAAAAGAGGCCGUGGCGACGCCGCCCGAGAAAGGGCGCAAGUCACGCAGCUCGGAUAUCAGCGAGGCAGACGAGGAGGACGCCGAGAGCACAACGCUCCCAGGCGACUCGGCAAAGCCGUCGUUGUUCCAACCCUCGGCUGACGCAAGCAAUCUGGAGGACAUCCAAAGCACGCUCGAGUUCAUCUCCUCCCAGGCGUCUGCACCAGGCCAAAGCGGCGCAGACCCAAACUUUGUCCGCCUCCGCACGGAAUACGACAAGCUGCACAAACUGUUCGUCCAAUCCCGCAAGAACGAAACCUCGCUCGUGCAGAAAUGCAAAGACAUCGCCUCGGAACUCUCCGCCAACGCCGCCAAGGUGCAGGCCGCGCUCCGGCUCAGCCAGAACGACCGGAGCCAGAUCAUCGCGUUGAAGAAGGAGGUUCGGAAGGCGUGGAAGAUGGUGGAGUUGUCGACGGAGAAGGAGAAUAGGGCUAAAGAGCUGAUUAAUAGCUUGAAGGCGGAGGUGGAGACGGUGCGGAAGGAGCUGUCGGAGCAGGAUGGGGGGACGACGUACUCGACGGGGGCGAAUGCGAUGGCGGGGAUCGGGAGGGAUAAGUUGAUUGAGAUUCAGUUGGAUCAGGAGGAUCAGAUUAGCAAGCUGGCCGAGCAACGAGAUACUCUGCUUAAGCAAGUCGACGAAAUCACCGCCGACCUCACCCGCGUCACCGCCGAAAACGACGAGUUUCAAAGCAAAGUUGAGCGCCUCGUCACCGAGCGCGGAACACUCACCGACGAGCUCCUCACCAUCAAAGACCUGCUCGCGACCAAAAAGUCCGAACUAGACCGCGAAUCGCGCGCCCGUGAGAAACUCGAAACCUCCCUCCGACAAGCGAACGAGAUCAGCCUCCAAAAAGACGACGACGUCGCCGCGCGAUUGCAGGAUAUCAAAUUGCUACGGGAGCAGAUUGGGAAACUGGAGGUUGGAUGCAAGGAGGAGCGGGCGAAAGUGGAGCGGGUGGAGAAGGAGAAGGAGAAUGUGAAUGCCCGGCUGGCGAGGUUGCAGCAGGAGUAUGAUGAACAGGUGCUUACGACUACGAGGCUGUUGAGUGAGAAUCAGCAGCAGACGGGGGAGAUCAAAGGGUGGGAAGAGGAGUUGGCGAAAUAUAAGGAGGAGUAUAGGGGUGUGACGAGGGUGAGGGAUACGUUGCAGAAGCGGAUUAAGGCGUUGGAGGAUGCGAAGCUGGAGGCUGAGCUGGAAAGGGAUCAGUUAAAGGGCGGAAACCACUCCCUCUCUCAAAACCUCGAAGCCGCCCGCCGCAACCUCGACAUCAGCCACAAACAAGUCGACUCCCUCACCCGCGAGCGGGACAUCGCCCAAAAGAACUUCGUCAAAGCAACCGGCACAACCCAAAAGCAAAUCACCGUCGUCAAACUCGCCGAGCAAACAAAGCGCAACCUCGAGCAAGAAAUCAUGGGCUACAAGGACGAAGCGACCAAGAUGCGUAAACUCAUCUACUCCCUCGAAAAAGACCGCGAUCGGCACAUCAAUGAGGCCGGACGGAUCCGGUUGGAGUUGGUGGGCAAGGAGGAGGAGGUCAAGAUUGGGGAGAUGAUGCUGUUUGAUUCGAGGAAGAAGAUUGGAGAGCUGGAGAAGAAGUUGAAGGAGCAGCAGUCGUUGUAUGAGAAUGUCCGCGCGGAUAGGAAUCUGUAUUCGAAGAACUUGGUCGAGGCGCAGGAUGAAAUUACGGAGAUGAAGCGGAAGGUGAAGAUUAUGGGACAUCAGAUUGAGCAGCUGAAGGAGGAAAUUGCGAGCAAGGAGGGAGCACUGGUGAAGGAGCACUUCGAGCAUUCCAAGCUCGAGAAAGAGAAAGAAUCCCUCUCCGUGCAGAUCGGCAAGCUCCAACAGCAGUACGAGGAAGCUCAACAGCUGAUCCAGAACCAGCAAUCCGAAGAAAACAAACUCCGCCACAUAAUAACUCAAGCCGACUCCGAGCGCCUCCGCCAAAAAAAAGAAUACGACACCCUCGUCCAAGAGCGCGACAUCCUCGGCACCCAACUCAUCCGCCGCAACGACGAGCUCUCCCUCCUCUACGAAAAAAUAAAGAUCCAAACCUCCACCCUGCACAAGGGCGAGCUGCAGUACCGCGAGCGCGUGGAGGAUAUCCGGGUUUGUAAAUUGGAGAUCAAGAAAUUGAGGAGGGAGAAGGCGAUCUUGCAGACGGAGACGCAGAAUGUGGAGGGGCUUAGAGCGGAUAUUUUUAGGCUGCAGAGGGAGGUGUUGAGGGAGAGGACCAGGGUUAAGCUGCUGGAAGGCGAACUAUCCUCCCCCCUCAACAUCCACCGCUGGCGCAAGCUCAGCGGCAGCGACCCCUCCACCUUCGAACUGAUCAUCAAGAUCCAAACGCUUCAAAGACGUCUGAUCGCCAAAACGGGCCAGGUGGUCGAAAAGGAACUUAUCAUCAACCAGAAAGAGAAACUGUACAAGGAGGUGAAGGAUGUGUUGCAGCGGCAGCCCGGGCCCGAGGUGAUGGAGGAGUUGAGGGUUGUCAGGGAGGCUGUGAGGAGUAAGGUUAAGGAGUGCAAGGCCCUAGCAUCAGAACUCAACAUGUACCACUCCCAAGUCAACGAAUACAAAUACGAGAUUGAGCGCGUCAACCGGGAGCUGCAGGAACUCAAGAAGAAGUACUACGAGAGCCGGCGGAAGCGGGGGGUUAAUAAUGGGAAAGAAUAUGCGGCUGUGCCGGGAGCGCAUCAUCCGCCGGAGUUGAGGAGGGGGAGGGGUGUGGAGAAUCCUGCCAAAGCACGAUUCUCUGGGGGAGGGUUUAACAUGUCAUCAACGCAGCAUGUCGCUGCUGCCACAGCGCAUGGAUAGGGAACCUGGAACAACUUGACAUUGAUCUGCAGGACGUUGGGCGGUUUUCGGGCAUUGGCCCUUUUGUACAUAUUACCAUCGUAUUUAGCAAGUUUGACAUAAUUUUCACUGGUGUCCGAGAUGGCCGCUCGAGUCUUUUCUGGCCUGUCGCAGAAGGGCUGUGUGUGGAAGGAGGC